GUGAUGCAGUCCGAAACUCUCCAUCAAUGAACGUUGACUGUACGGAGUACUCCCGUCGCCUACCACAACAGUCCCUUUUCUUAUUGCCAACCGCUAUAUUCGGAAUUCAACGUCGCCACGACAGAAAUAUAAAACAACAAAUAUCAAAAUAAUAGAGAAGAAAAAGAACAAUGGCCGCGCGCCUCCGCUCCCUCUACCGCUCCCUCCUCCGCGAGCUCCCUCCGCGCCCGCUCCUCUCUAACCCGCGCGCACCCCUCCACCAGCGUCUGCGCGACAACUUCCAGCCAUCACCAUCACCAUCAACAACAACGACGACGACGACGACGACAACGGGCCCCACGGCCGCCGCCGCCGCCGAGCUGCGCGCCGCCCAGGCCGAGCAGUUCCUGGCCUACCUGCGCGCCCAGCGCACCUACGUGACCCUCCUGGAGCGCUACAACCCGGGCAUGGGCAUGGACGACGAGGAGCGCGUGCGGCUGACGGCGCGGCGGGUCGGCAUGGACCUUCCCGUCGAGUACGACGGCUCGGCGGAGGACUCGGUCGAGGGCGGCGAGGGGAAGAAGUAGACAGACGGUUGGCAAGAAUAAGAAGAAAAAAGGGAGAAGGGGGCCUCCGCCGGGGGGGGGGGGGGGAAGACCUUUGAUGGGGAACCGCUUACAGCGCGUUUGUUUGUUUAUUAAAGAGAAAGUGUGAUGUGUACGAGCAACAGAAGGGUUUAUCGCGCAGGCGGCCUUUUGGCGAAUUUUGUGUUGUAUCAAACCGGCACUGGAGGGAGAAUCUGGUAACUGUACUAUCACAUCAACUGUACAUACAUGCAUACACGACGCGGAAUGGAGGGACUUAAAAAUUCUCUCCGCUGUGACGUGUGUUUUAGAUCGCCUAUGCUCUGAUCUGAUGAUAUCAAACGAGCCAUGUUGGCCCGUUAGUGUCUCGGGACGGGAAAUAGCAUGUCCUGUUUUGUCGUUCUGGACUUGCGCAGAGGGCAACCUGGAAGGUAUGACGCGUAGAGGUUAGGCGAUCAAAGCUCCCGUCGGGAUUAUGCCUAGGCUUCUUGCCAGACACCGCAAGGUUGGGGUCCUGAUAUAGGAAGUACGGCUUUG